AUGUCUCAAAUUUCUCCCCCUUUGUCACAGGGUGUGGGAUAUGGGGUUGUGAUUGGAGUUGGGUUAGCAUUUGCGACAGGAAUGAUGGUGGUCACCAGAAUAUUGAAGAAAACAGUCGGUGAAGACAAUUCAAAAGUUGAAACAUUCAUGGUUGCCAAUCGGUCUGUUGGCACUGGCUUAGUGGCCUCGGCAGUUGUCUCGUCAUGGCUCUGGAGCACAGCUUUACUUAGUGCCGUUUUGGUAGCCUAUCAAUACGGCAUCAGUGGUCCCUUUUGGUAUGCGGCUGGGUGCUCGCCUAUGAUCGUGUGUUUUGCAUAUCUCGGGACUGUCUGCAAGAGACGUGUACCUAGCGCGCAUACCGUCUUGGAAAUUAUCAAGAUUCGAUAUGGGACCCUUGCUCACCUGAGCUUUACUUUUUUGGCGGUGGUCAACAACCUGUUUAACACCAUCAAUAUGAUUCUCGGAGCUUCAUCAGCCAUUACAUAUCUCACUGGAAUGCACAUCAUGGCGUCUACAUUUUUGCUACCGCUUGGGGUCGUCAUCUAUACUCUGACAGGCGGUAUCAAAGCGACAUUUUUGACGGACUAUAUACACACGUUCAUCAUUCUGAUUUUAUGCUGCUAUUUGACCCUCAAAGCGUUGACUAGUCCAGAGGUUGGCUCAAUUGGAGGACUCUAUGAUCUCGUCGUUGCAGCUCAGCCAAAUCACAUUGUCGAUGGAAACUAUCAAGGAUCACUCUUGACCAUGACAUCCCAACAGGGGAUCUUCUUUGCAAUUAUCCUGUUGGUGUCAAAUUUUGGAGCCGUCAUUAUGGACACUGGGUACUUCACGAAAGCCUUCGCUGCAUCACCGGAAGGUGUUGUUCCAGGCUAUGUAAUUGGAGGAAUAUCUUACUUCAGUGUACCCUGGGCUCUUGGGACUGUGAUGGGUAUGGUUGCCCUUGGAUUAGAGACCACAAAGGCGUUUCCGACAUACCCCAGAACAAUGACCAGUACAGAGGUGACAAAUGGACUGGCAUUGCCUUAUGCAGCGAUCGCAGUAGCUGGCAAAGGAGGCGCGGUGGCCACGCUUUUGAUGACUUUCAUGGCGGUCACAUCUACGCUGUCAGCACAGGUAAUUGCCGUAUCCUCGAUUGUGGCUUUUGACGUCUACCGGACCUAUUUCAACAGGAGCGCAACAAACAAGGAAGUGAUCCUCUGGAGCAGAAUAGGCGUGAUUCUGUUUGGUCUGGUUGCAGCGGGUCUAACCGCUCUAUUCCACUAUGUUGGAAUUGACAUGGGCUGGACACUAUACAUGAUUGGAGUGAUAACUUGCCCAGGGAUUUUUCCACUCGUCUUGUCGAUUCUUUGGAGAAAGCAAAGUCGUCUGGCGGUCAUUGCAUCCGCCUAUCUUGGGCUGUUGACAGGCCUCGCUGUCUGGAUUGGCACAGCUCAUCGCUACUAUGGCUCUGUCACUGUUUCUUCAACAGGACAAACACUUCCAUGCAUGUACGGCACAAUUGCAUCUGCAUUCAGCCCUGCAUUAUACUCUGUACUCAUCACAUUGUUCGCGCCGGAGAACUUCGACUGGACAUCGCUGGGCAAGGUCAGCCUGGCUGUCGCUGCAGUGGAUGGGAUCGAUGAAGAUCACGAUAGAUCUUGUACUGAUACAGACGUCCGGAAGAACUCCCAUAUUACUCAAACCAAUGAAGCUCGCGACGAUGCUUCUGAUGUCAUCCAAAGAAGGGGGUCACGGUAUGCGUUAUUUUGGGCCAUAGCUACCUUCCUGGGCCAUUGGGUUCUCUGGCCACUUCCGAUGUAUGCCGCCAAAUUCGAGUUUAGCAAAGGACUUUUCAUUGCAUGGAUUGUUGUGGCUGAGAUCUGGCUGUGGGCCACGUUGUUGACUGUUGGCGUUUAUCCUUUGUGGAAUGGACGCCAUAAAAUACUGCUCAUCGCGCAGAAUAUCAUUUCUGGCGCAUAG